AUGGCGGCAAACAUUCAAGUCACGCCGGAGCAGGUGCUGCAGUUCAGCGCCCCUACCAGCGAGUUUCUCUGCCCCUUUACCGCCAACACGUAUAACAUUGAGUUUUAUCGGUUCACCAUCCGUGACAUGGAGACAGGCAAAGUCAUGUUUGAUGUCGAGCGCAACCCCGAGGAUUACCCGUCCAUUCCCACCAUCGCGCAGCUACCGGAGGAGGUGCAUCGGACGAUGCGCACCAUUUAUUACAAUUUCCCCCCGUCUAUGCUGCGACGCAGGGCGAUUGGCGCCAAACUCGUUUUUGGUAUCAACAGCGACUUCCCCGUCCGAAACUUUCGCAUGAUUGAGCGACAUUACUUUCGUGAUACACUUAUAAAAUCGUUUGACUUCACGUUUGGUUUCUGCAUUCCGCACUCCACCAACACGUGGGAGGCCAUUUAUGACAUGCCUGCGCUCUCCGAGGAUUGGAUCCGCGCCAUCAUUGACAAUCCGAACGAGACUGUCAGCGACAGCUUUUACUUUGUGGAGAAUAAAUUGGUGAUGCAUAACAAGGCAUUUUACGCAUACGACGCACCGGAGGAAAAUGCCGUUAUUUGA